AUUACGGCUCCAAACCCUCGACUUUGGCCAGUUUGUGUGUCCUCCAACCAUGGGUGCAGCGGUAUAGGGGGGCACCGCACAUGCACAGACCCAGAGGGGCACCAUCAGAAGACAACAACAACGAGAGGAAAAAAUUGUGGGUUUCAACUUGAAGGUGGGCCCUACGAUGAUGUGACCGAUGACUUGAGAGAAAACUUUUCGUCUCCAGGAUAAGGAAUACCUCUCAUCGUCCAUAUUUCAUAAAUCAACAAUUUUCUACUUUUUUUCUAAGGUACAACGAGACAGGAUUGGAUUAUAAAGAAUUCUAUUGGGAAAAUUUCAUUAUCCAAGUGAAAGUUUUUGGAUUAUCCUCAGAGGUCGAGCGCGUCCUUCACCAUCUAAGGGAUCUAGCUGCUUAUCCCCUCCGACUGGAACAACUUAGAUGAGCUCAACCUGUUAAUUACUUACCAAAGCAACAAGUGUCUGGCUUGCUCUGUUUUCUUAUAACGCAACUUGUGCAACAACCUUGAAACCACCAUCUUGUUUAUUUUACACGUCUAGAUCAAAGCUCCACCUUUGAUCAGAAUUCAUUGAGCCCCCUUUUUCACUGGCUCUCGUGUCCUCUUCAGCUGUCUCCUGACUACCUCUCCGUCUCUUCUCUUGUCUCUCUCGGUUGACUGGUGCGUGAUAGUGAGCCAUGGUGCUGAUGAAGAUAACGUUUCCCCUGCAGAGGCGGGUGCGCCUGGCCCAGGGUCUGUGGCUGCUCUCCUGGCUAUCAGUACUAUCCGGGGGCUUUCUCUUCUGUCUGGGGGUCUACCUUAAGACAGAGCUGAUCCGCAGGGCCGAGAUCAUGGAUUAUACAGACAUCCAUGUGGUGCCCAACAUCCUGAUGAUGGUGGGCCUGGCCUCCAUUGGCACCAACUGGUUUGCCAGCCGAGUUUGUCAGGACUCCCUGGACGCAACGCGUUUCCCCCGCUGGAAGCCAUUCCUGUUGGGCUGGUUUGCCAUGGCUGUGGUCCUCUGCUCUCUGCUCCUUGCUGCCAUGGUGCUGUGUUUUGCCCUGCAGGGACACCUGGAGGAGACCAUAAAGGUGGGCCUCAGGAAUGGAAUCCGGUUCUACCGGGAUACAGAUGUGCCAGGCCGUUGUUUCCAGAAGGAGACCAUUGAUCGUCUGCAAAUGGAGCUGCGCUGCUGUGGCAACAACAACUACAGAGACUGGUUUGAAGUCCAGUGGAUCAGCAACAGAUACCUGGACUUCACCUCCAAGGAAGUCAAGGAUCGUGUUCGGAGUAAUGUGGAUGGCCGUUACCUGUUGGAUGGCGUUCCUUUCAGCUGCUGUAACCCUGCCUCCCCACGCCCCUGCCUGCACACCCAGUUGCUGGAUAGAAACGCCCACUACAACUUCGAGCUGCAAACAGAGGAGCUCAAUCUGUACAACCGUGGCUGCAGGCAGGCUCUGGUCGAAUACUACAUGGGAUUGAUGAAUCGGAUUGGGCCUGGUGUGCUGUCAGUAAUCUUCAUGCAGGCAUCUGUGUUUGUGAGCCUGCGGUAUCUCCAGACAGCCACGGAGGGAGCCAUGGCUCUGGAGAACCCAGAGGAUGACAGCGAGGGUUACCUCCUGGAGAAGAGCAUUCCGGAAACCAUUGAGGACUGCAAAAGCCAAGUCCUCACCCUGUUAAAGCUCGGGCCGGUCGACCCCGGCGACGCAGAGGCUCCAGCAGAAGACAAGGGUGCUGCCGACGCUGCCACCUCCGGCUAAAGGAUAGCACCACCAAAUGUGCUGAGGAGGAAGGGAGGCUGGGGUGUGUGUGGUUGGUGGCGGGAUACAACUGUUGGGUUUGACAUGUUAGGCUUGAUUUAUGCUCCACCAAUGCAGCAGCCUCAGCUCCCUCUCACAUGGCCAAACCAGGGCAACACAUGGGGAAUCUUAUCAGGCCCUGUGCAGAUGGCAAAACAAACAUCCCCUCUGUGCAGGAUCUUUUGAGCGCGUAAACAUCACAGAAUCUGUUGAGAUGUGUAGUACUUCUUGUUGUAACUAGAGGAGAGUCCAUGCAGUCUUAAAAAGGGUGUUGCACACACAUACAUACAAAUUUGAAAUAUUUGUUGUGCAAUAAACGCCGAUAUGAGAACACAUUUAAAUACAUUUUGACUAAGAUUUGGCAAAGACAUAAUAAGCAAAAGCUCAUCCCAUGUGCACUAUAUUCAUCUCACAGCAAGCUGUAGAGUUUGUACUAAACUGCAUUGAAAUGCUUAGGAACGUGUUAACUUGGCAAAGUGCAUGAAAUAUAUUAAAGGUAGACAUUUUUAACUGCUUUGUAGUGUCUGCUUCCUUUUGUACUCAUACUAUAAUAGGUGAGCCAAUUAAGUGACUAUGGGUUAUCUAAAUUCAGUAAGAAGAAUUAUACAGAUUAAGUAGGUGUGCAUGCGUGCGUGUGUGAGUGCAUGCAUAUAGGUGAGUGUGUUAUUAGUGCCCUAUAUGAAGCUGUCAUCUUGUCUACUCUGGCAGCCCUGAAACAAUCUGAUAAUCCCAGCGCGGUUAAUCCCAGAACUGCUGCACAAGCAGCAUCAGCACACACUGACAGCACACAGGAAUACUCAGUCACACAGCAUUCACUAGUAGACAAUGUUAUAGACCAUUUGACUAAGCAGAACAUUUGUUUUUAACAUUGCUUUUUAAUACAAAAACAUUUAACUGGUGAUCUGUUACAGCCUACAGGGCUAUCCAAUAUGUUCUCCUUCUUCUUCUUAAAUAAAAGCCUAUCACAGACA